UUAUCUCCUUUCUUUCUCAUUAUUGUUUUUUACUUUAUAGGCAGCAGCUAAUAUCAUAAGAUGACUUCUGGUUUUUCCACUAUUGCUGCUGCAGUUGUCAUUCUAUUGUACAUCACUUUAGCUCAAGGUACUGACUGUUCUGCUCUGGCCAGUGCUGGUAACUGCAGUUUCUAUGAUUGUUUGCAUACUAAAUUCAACUGCAAUGGAAAGCAGUAUCCUCUUCGCCGUGGUAAACGCUACUGUCAGAAAUACAUCGAUGAAUCAAGUUGCUUCACAACAGCAGGCCAAGCAUGGAUUACUAAUGUCCGUAGAUGUUUGAUGCAGUCUAUUGUCAAUAGUGCUCUCUAUAGUAAUGCAAAUACUGAUUGUGGCGAGUUUGAGGCAUUUGCUGUUGCAAGUCGUCCUCAAUGUUACACUGAUAAUGGGUUCUGUACAGAUAUAUUCUUAUCACCUAACUGUCAGAACCUUAAUUGUAUUCAAGAUAAAAUUUAUAAUGAUAAUAAAAGUUGGGAUAGAAGUUCACUAAAUCAGAUUAAAACAACAACUGCUUCAUGCCCUUCCCAGAUUGCUACAUUCCUUAGUGAUGCUCCACAGUGUGAUAGACCUGACACUUCUCUUGUAUCUGUUAUACAGAAUUAUUUAGAUUGUACUGCAAGGGCUUUUGAUUUUAUUAUUUUAUUGGAUGCAUCUGGAAGUGUUGGGUCUA